CAUUUCCAGGUUUGCCGUAGUAAACGUAAACUACCACCCAAGAAAUUUGGAGCUGUUGACCUUUUUUCCCGUGACAACGACCACCAACUUCGACCACCGUCAACACCACACCCCGACCGUAAAGAACCCCCGAACAAAUCAGUCGCAAUGGCCAAGAUCUCGCGUGGUGCCCCCGGUGGCAAGCUCAAGAUGACCCUCGGUCUGCCUGUCGGUGCUAUCAUGAACUGCGCCGACAACUCCGGCGCCCGAAACCUGUACAUCAUCUCCGUCAAGGGUAUCGGUGCCCGCCUAAACCGACUGCCCGCCGGCGGUGUUGGCGACAUGGUCAUGGCCACCGUCAAGAAGGGAAAGCCCGAGCUCCGAAAGAAGGUCCACCCCGCCGUCAUCGUCCGACAGUCCAAGCCCUGGAAGCGAACCGACGGUGUCUUCCUGUACUUCGAGGACAACGCUGGUGUCAUCGUCAACCCCAAGGGUGAGAUGAAGGGCUCCGCCAUCACCGGCCCCGUCGGAAAGGAGGCCGCCGAAUUAUGGCCCCGUAUUGCCAGCAACUCCGGCGUAGUGAUGUAAAAAGGCGAGCGUUUCGUUUCGGGCGGAGCAUUGGGUGAGAGGAGGAGGACGACGAUUCAUACCACCUAACCUACCUACCUUAUUGACGAUACGUCAUCACGAUUGAUUGAUUGGUAUUGGAAGAAGAAGAAGAAGACACCAACACGGCCGGCCGCUCUCACGACUGCUGGUGAGAGGAUUUGAGAUGGAGGCCUAUGUCGCGUGUCGGGUGGUAGGACUGGUCACUUUGCAUUUCGGCUUCGGGGCGUAAAGGAGACAUACCAAACCAAAAGAAACUGCAUCCUGGACAAUUGAUAGUUCGGUUCCCCA